CGGUAAAGUCGAGACGCAGUCGUUCCUCAUACUGAACAUGUGUUUAUGAGUGUGAAGAACCAAGAACGCAUUACAUGCGACCACAGUCAUGACACACUCACCGCCGAGGAUUAUCCUGUUAUUCAGUGGGAAGCGGAAGUCAGGGAAGGAUUAUGUGGCCGAUUUGAUUCAGCACAGGCUGACUGCAGAGAUGUGCUGUAUACUCCGACUGUCUGCGCCACUCAAACAGCAGUAUGCACAGGAUCAUGAUCUGGACUACGAGGAGCUGCUGGGCUGUGGUCAGUAUAAGGAGAGGCAUCGGGUGGAGAUGAUCCGCUGGGGAGAGAUGAGGAGACAGCAGGACUCGGGCUUCUUCUGCCGGCUGGCCGUCCAACGUGCCACGCGACCCGUCUGGAUCGUCAGCGACUGCAGGAGGAGAUCGGAUGUAGAGUGGUUCCGGCAGGAGUUUCCCGACCGGUGUGUGUGUGUGCGUGUGGAGGCGUCAGAGGAGACCAGAUCACAGCGGGGCUGGAGGUUCACCACAGGUGUGGACGACGCCGAGUCCGAGUGCGGUCUGGACGAGGGAGUGGAGUUCGACUGGAUCCUGCAGAACAACGGAGAACACGAGCGCCUGGAGAAACAGCUGGACGAGCUUCUGUCGGCGCUCACUAGAUGAUGAACACGCUCCGGAAACAGCAAUAUCUGACCAUAAACAACAUAUCUGACCAUAAUCAACAUAUCUGACCAUAAACUGCAGAAUCUGACCAUAAACCUCAAUAUCUGACCAUAAUCAACAUAUCUGACCAUAAACUGCAGAAUCUGACCAUAAACAACAUAGAAUAUGACCAUAAACAUCAAUAUCUGACCAUAAACAACAUAUCUAACCAUAAACCUCAGAAUCUGACAAUAAACCGCAAUAUCUGACCAUAAACCGCAUAAUCUGACCAUAAACAUCAAUAUCUGACCAUAAACUGCAGAAUCUGACCAUAAUCAACAUAUCUGACCAUAAACAUCAAUAUCUGACCAUAAACUGCAGAAUCUGACCAUAAUCAACAUAUCUGACCAUAAACAUCAAUAUCUGACCAUAAACUGCAGAAUCUGACCAUAAACCUCAAUAUCUGACCAUAAACCGCAGAAUCUGACCAUAAUCAACAUAUCUGACCAUAAACAUCAAUAUCUGACCAUAAAUCUCAGUAUCUGACCAUAAUCAACAUAUCUGACCAUAAUCAACAUAUCUGACCAUAAACCUCAAUAUCUGACCAUAAACCACAGAAUCUGACCAUAAUCAACAUAUCUGACCAUAAACCUCAAUAUCUGACCAUAAAUCUCAGUAUCUGACCAUAAACCACAGAAUCUGACCAUAAUCAACAUAUCUGACCAUAAACAUCAAUAUCUGACCAUAAAUCUCAGUAUCUGACCAUAAUCAGCACUUCUGCUCCUCAUCUGCUCACUUUACUGGCUUCCAGAGGACAGUCGGGGACAUAAUACAUGAACUGAUGAUGCAAACUUCAUAGAAGACACAUUUUGUUGUAAAGAUAAUAUUUUCAUUAUUCAGUUGUUAAUAUAAAGGGAAGGUCUCUAAAGAUUCCUCAUAUUGUUCUCUCACAGUUCUGUUCAGAGGUUUUAUUGCAAAUGUGCUGUAAAACAUCCUCUAGAUUGUACCGUUGUUCUGUAUUUUCUGUGUAAAAAAUCCCAUGCAUUUACAUACAGUGAAUAAAUAAAAGAGUGAGAGCAAUAUUACAGGAAUAGUUUGCCCAAAAUAAUAAUCCUGUCAUUUAAAAACCCACAAACAAAUUCCGGAUCCUCUGAAGCUAUUUCCAUAUCAAAUGAUUUAUUCAUUACUUUCGUCAGAACGAGGACCGUGUACAUGAUGCUCUUUGUUUUAACGUGCGCAAGGGUGACAUUUCAAUGCAUAACAACCUCAAUUUGAAUAAAGUACACUAAAAGGUCUUAAA